AUGAAGCUGCAGGUUCUCAGAGACCCAGACUCCGGACUCCGGACUCCGGACUUCUUCACGAUCUCCUGGUCUGCUGAGGAAGAGGUUGAUGAUGACGGUGAAUCCUGCAUGAAGAUCUCCGGCUCUCCUGCUUCUUCUCGUUCCUCUGGUUGA